AUGGAACAGCGUAUCUUAGCACUGUCCCAGGAGAAUCAUCUACUGAAGUCUCGCUUGGAAUCUCGCACGGCCGCCGAGAGUCUUUUGCAAACGACCCGUCCCGACUUUGCUGCUCUGCCGUCUCAGAGUAACACUGUGCUGCCAUCGACGACCAAGACCCUGUUCACACAGCAGCUACCGACUUCAUCAGUCGGCCUACCGCUGGCCACUACUUCGCUGUCUUCCUUCCAUUCCACAGUGCCCUCUCUUUCACUGCCGCAAGUUCCGCUGCUGUCGAGCACUUCGCAACUUCCGAUCAUGCAGCUCUGUCAACUGCAAGCCGCCAUCCAACAGCAGUAUCGUGCCACACCGUCUCCGUCGGUGUUCUCAGUCGGUUCGGCCUUCCAACCUUUUCAAGCCCACAAGGAGUCUGUGAUUAUGAAAGCCGAACGCUUCAGUCCAGAUUCGAGCAGCGAUCGUGUCGAGCGUGUGAUACAGAGAGUUCCUUCACCUCAGCAGCAACAGGAGAGAGCGCCCUCGCAGUCGUUGCUGGGGGCGCUGUUAGCUUCUCGUCGUACCUCUCCAGCUGUACCGCAGAGCCGGACGGAACAUCAUAGCCGUUUGGGCAGUCCUCCGCGGGAGCAGUACAUGGAUCGACGGCGUCGCAACAACGAAGCAGCAAAGCGCUGUCGUGCCAAUCGCCGGGCUGUUUUCGAGUACAGAAGUCGUCGAGUACAAUUGUUGGAGAAUGAGAACGAUCAGCUGAAGGAGGAGAUUGCUAAGUUGAAGCGGGAGGUCGACCAGUUCAAAUCGCUUUUGACCGCUCAGAACAUCAUGGAUACCACCCAAUAA